AUGUCGACCGGUGCCAAUCUAGAGAUUGUGGAUGCCGCUCUGGCAGCCACCCCUGCCGUUCAGAAUGAUGUGAGAGCAAGUGCAAGUUUUGAGAAGAAAGACAGCUUUGUGAAAACUUCUGAGAGUCUUCGCGGUCCCAAUGGCGAGGAGUAUCCUACCGAUGAAGAAUGGGCGACACUUCGCCGCGUUUAUGGAAAGGUCAGCUGGAUGAUUUAUGUCAUCGGAGUUGUCGAAAUGUGUGAGCGUUUUGCAUACUACGGAACAACAGCAGUCUUUGUAAAUUUCAUUCAGCAGCCACUGCCUACAACAGGACCAUUCCCCGAAGCUGGAGCCGCUGGUGAUGGUCAGCCCGGAGCAUUGGGAAUGGGUCAACGUGCCAGUACGGGUCUGACUCAAUUUAACACCUUCUUUUCUUAUAUCAUGCCUUUGGUCGGUGGCUGGCUAGCAGAUGAGUACUUAGGCAAGUUCAAGACCAUUUACGUGGCUAUUUGCGUUGCCACGUUGGGACACAUCUUGAUCAUCAUCGCUGCCAUCCCUCAAGUCAUGGGACCAAACCCGAACGGAGCUCUUGCUUCAUUUAUCCUGGGUCUGAUCUUAUUUGGUGCGGGUGUUGGAUUGUUCAAAUGCUGUAUCUCGCCGCUCAUUGCGGAGCAAUAUGAGGCCAGUCACCCAAGGGCGACCAUACGCGUCGAGCCAAACGGAGAACGUGUCAUUGUCGACCCUGGAAUCACCUACUCCAGGAUUUAUAUGCGUUAUUACCUUUUGAUCAAUGUGGGAGCAUUGGUUGGUCAAGUCUCUAUGGUGUACGCCGAAAAAUACGUAGGAUUCUGGCUUUCGUUCACACUGCCAACCAUUCUCUUUGCAUUCUGCCCACUCUUGAUGGUCGUUUUCAGCAAACACUACGUCAAGAAGCCGCCACAGGGCGAUGUACUACUCAAGUCCUUAAGAGUGUACGGAUUGGUCUUGAAAGGUCGUUUCUCGAUAAACCCCAUGCGCACAUGGAGGAACUUCUCCGAUCCAAAUAUUUGGGACAGCGCGAAGCCGAGCAAAAUGGCCAAUAAGCCGUCGUGGAUGACGUUUGACGAUGCGUGGGUUGAAGAGGUCCGACGUGGUAUCAAGGCCUGCGAGGUGUUCCUCUGGCUGCCUAUCUUUUGGUUGCCUUAUAGUCAAAUGACAAGUAACUUGGUCUCCCAGGCAUCGACCAUGAAACUCAACGGCGUACCAAACGACAUUGUCCACAACCUGAACCCCUUCACUCUUCUAAUUUUCAUCCCGAUCUUCGACAAGGUUAUCUAUCCCAAGCUCGCUCACUGGGGCAUCAAAUUUUCGCCUUUGAAGAAAAUCCAAGCUGGUUUCGUUUGCGCGUUGCUUUCGAUGGUGGUCGCUGCAGUCAUCCAACACUUCAUCUACGAAAAGUCGCCCUGCGGUAAAUACGCAGGCAGCUGUGACGUGCCCCCAGACCUAUCGGUGUGGACUCAAGUCCCGGCAUACGUCCUCAUCGCCUUUUCGGAAAUCUUCGCUUCCAUUACUGGAUUGGAAUAUGCGUACACCAAGGCACCCAGGAACAUGCGAUCGUUCGUGACGGGUAUGUUCUGGUUCACUCACGCGUUUUCGUCUGCCAUUGCCCAAGCCUUUGUGCCUUUGGCUGAUGAUCCGCUGCUGGUGUGGUUGUACACGGGUAUCGCUAUCCUUACGUUCCUUGGUUAUGUUGGGUUUACGUGGACGUUUAGAUCGCUUGAUAAGGAAGAUGAGAGUCUUGAUAAGCUUCCCGAAGGCGAGUACCAGUCUAACGCAGAGUUUAAUGCGGAGAAGACUGCGAAUGUAGAUAGGGCUUAG